UUUCCAGUCGAGACCGGCAAGAUGGCAGCUGACACGCAGGUUUCAGACACACUGAAGAAGUUUGCUGUGAAAGUGACCACAUCGAGUGUUAAGGAGAGGAAAGACAUUUUAGGAGAACUGAAGGAAUGCGUUAAUGGAAAGAACCUGCCUGAACCAGCCAUCAAAGGCCUGUGCAAGCUCUUUUGUCUCACCCUUCAUAGAUACAGGGAUGCAGCUUCACGGCGUGCCAUGCUUUCGGUUAUCGACCUGCUUGCUCAGUCCCAGCCUGAUGCCGUUGCAGCCAACCUCCCUCCCGGCCUGCUUAGCUGUGGAGUGGUCAGCAGGGGUGUAAUGCCAGGGAAGAGCACAGCGUCAGCUGCUUGUUGUGCCUUGCCAUGGACCUGUCUAGUCGUGCGGGGCGUCUUCCAUGCUCCGGAAAGCAGAGAGGGGCCUAACUGGAAGAAACUGGUGGAGGUGCAGAGUCUGCUCCUGGCUGAGGUUGUUGGAGGAGCGGCCCAAAAUGCUCUCAAAUCAGUCAUCAAGAGACUCAACAAGCUAUGGAGCGAUAACCCUGGUCUGGUAGAUCAGUACUUGAGCACACUGCUGAGUCUGGACCAGAGCGCGUCCUCUCUGCCCUUGCUGGCCGUGUGUGUGGAUUUUUGCACCUCUCAGAAAGACAUGGCCACCAUCAACAAACACAAGGCUGCUAUUAUUGACCUGUACAUGAAGACAGUGCUGAUGAGCAAGACCAAACCGCUUCAGCACAUUCUGGAUAAAAGUGUCUCGGUUCUGCGCCAUGUGUCACACUCGGAGUUUAAGGAUAAGCUUCUGCCAACGCUGCAAAAAGCUUUGCUGCGAAGCCCUGAGAACUCGAUGCAGACCAUCUCCUCCAUGCUGGCCUCACUUACUCUCGAUCUCAGCCAGUAUGCUCUGGACAUCGGAAAAGGCCUCGCCAGCCAGCUGAAGGCCAGCAAUAUGGAGCUGAUGGAGCAGGCCGUGCAGGCUGUGCAGAAUCUGGCUCAGCAGUGCAGUGACCCGAAUGCCGUCCAGGAUCUCGUCGCUCAUCUCUUUAAGAUUCUGGGAGGCUCUGAGGGGAAACUUACCGUAGUGGCCCAAAAAAUGAAUGUGCUGUCAGGAAUCGGGGGCUGCAGUCAUCAUGCCGUCUCCGGCUCCUCCAGCCAGUCUCUCAGCUCCAGUGUGGCGUUACUGUUUAUUCCAUAUCUGCAGCAGGAAGUCCACGAGGGGUUGCUGGUCCAUGCCGUGUCUGUAAUGUCUCGGUGGACAGUGCGUCUCAACAAGGAGGUUCCAGCCGCUCUGAGAGACUGGUUUAAGAAAGCAUUUCAGCUUAAGACCUCUACCUCACCCGUGCGCCACGCCUACCUGCAGGCCAUGCUUGGAGCCUUUAAAGGGGACACCCUUGAACAGGCUGUGGAUCUUAUUCCUCUUCUUAUCCAGACAGUAGAGAAAGCGGCUGCCCAGAGCUCCCAGCAUGCCUUGCUCUCUGAAGGCAUCGCUGCCUCUGUGUUGCUCUGUUAUCUCUCCAUGCUCGACUUGGUUCCUGAAAGUAAACUGGCUUCGUUUUGGAACCUGAUACUGGACGAGAAGAAACUUCUCUUCACCACUGAGAAAUUUCUAUGGCAGGCCGGCGAGGAAACUUUGUGCACUUUGCUGCAGUUAUGUGAGAGACUUUUUCUGGAUCACCCACAGCGGCUUAACAACAGCAAGGCUCAGAUGUACCAGCGGGCCGUGGUGGCUGUGCUCCUGUGUCGAGUGUAUCGGGUACGAAAGCGUGCCCAGCAGGGUGUGAAAAAGCUCCUCUCCUCUUUGGGUAGCGCCAGCCUGGCUCACGGGCUUUUGGAAGAACUGUGUGUCGUCGUCAACAAACACAAGGUUUUGCCCCCAGAGGCUCUCCUGACCGAGUCGGGGGAGCUGACGGAGCUGGGUCGCUCGUAUAUUCCUCCGAAGGUCUUUCUGGAAUCUCUGUGCUCGAUCUGCUCAGUGGCAGGACAGUGGAACGACCCUGCUGAAGCAGAGAAGCUGGCGCUCAAUGUCCUCAUCAUCGCCCACCAUCCAUCUAUCGUUGCAGCCAAAUCAGAGGUGUGGCAGUUGCUGUUGUCCAGCAUGAAAAUGGAUGCGUCUACAUUUAUUGACCAACAUCUGGAUGCAAUCCUCCCUUUGCUGCUAAAUGGAAACAUUAUCGAUCAGGCCGGGAGAAAUGCUGUUGGGGAGUUGUCGGCUCUCUCUCCUGAGAAAUUCCUCCCACGUGUGAUGGAUCAUGUAAUCCAGUGGCUGUCAAAUCCAGCACUGAAGCAGGUGACUCGUCAAGAAUACGCCAUCAUGAACACACCGGAGGGGGAGCUGUAUGACAAGAGCAUCAUCAUGAGUGCCCAGCAGGAAAGUGCAAAAAAAGGCAACAUGAAGAGAGAAAACAAAGCCUACUCGUUUAAAGAGCAGAUCAUCGAGCUGGAGCUGCAGGAGGAAAUCAAAAAGAAAAAAGGAAUUAAGAACGAAGUACAGCUGACCAGCAAACAGAAGGAGAUGAUGCAAAGUCAGCUGGAGAAGGAGUCGUCCAUCCGGAAAAAGCUACAAGCAUUUGAUGCAGAGUUGCAAUGCGCCGUGGGAAUUUUAGAGGCCGUUAUGACCCGUCGUCCUUCCCAGACCUCUCACCAUCUGCCCGGGGUCAUUCAAGAGCUUUUGCCUUUGCUGCACUCACCAUUAGCUGCUCCUCGUGUGGACCAAGUCUUCCUUCAUAUAGGCGAUUGUCUCUUACCAAAAGAGCUGCAGUUCCUGGCUGUUCUGGUAGGUCAUGUGACCCUGCGCCUGAUGAAGCCUGAAUGUGAGCUUGACCAGGCAUGGGAACAGGAAGAUCUAAACACAGCCACACAGCGCACAGUUCAGUUACUGGACACGCACACAGUACCACAUCGAGAGGGCAAGCCUGAUGUUCAUCCGCUGUCUGCGCCGGCGUUCUCGUUCUGUUUUCCUCUGUUGAAGGCGGUCCUUGGCCAGAACAGCGGCUCAUCCGAGGACACUGAGCUCAUACUCACAUGUGCCCUGCAGAUCAUACACACACACGCCCAGCUCCGCUCCAGCUCAGACGCACCUGACCUGCUGAUUGACGAGAAUGGUCCGGAGCUUCUACCCCGAGUAAACAUGCUACUGCUGUUGACCAGAGUGAUCGGUACCUCUACACCACGUCUGCAGGUGUUAGCAUCUGGCUGUCUCACAGCUCUGUGCACCAGCGCUGGAGGGCAGCGAGGCUGUGCUCUGGCAGAACAAGCUGAGAUUGAUGUGCUGUUGGAGGCUCUGCUCUCACCCUGUUUUUCAGUUCGAGAUGCAGCUCUCAGGGGUCUGUUGGAGCUGGAGCUGGCACUGCCCACAGACAGCGCUGAGCCAGACGGGCUGAAUGUGCUCAAGAGACUGUGGGUGGCCAAGUUUGAUGUGGAAGAGGAAGGCAGAGCUCUUGCUGACAAGCUUUGGCAAAGUCUUUGUCUGGAGUUGGUACCUGAGCUGUGUCCUCUCCUGAUCAAAGAUGUGACCCACCAUGAGGAGACGGUACGAGUGGCGGCAGCUGAGGCGUUAUCCAGUGCAGUGAGUCAGUACAAGGACCAAUCAACUUCUGUCCUGUCCCAGCUCACCGAGCUCUAUCAGCAGAAACUCUAUAGACCACCACCAGUCCUAGACGCUUUGGGCCGAGUCAUCUCAGAAGCCCCUCCCGACCAGUGGGAAGCUAGGUGUGGUAUAGCGCAGGCCAUCAACAAGCUCUCCCAGUGUCUGAACGAAAGUCAGGUCACGCCCCUCUUCCUGUUCUUUGUACCCGAUGCUUUAAAUGACAGACACGACGAGGUGCGACGCUGCAUGCUGGACGCUGCUCUGUCCGUCCUGAAUGCACAUGGCAAGGACAAUGUGAACUCUCUCCUGCCCGUGUUCGAGGAGUUUCUGAAGAACGCCCCUCAGGAUGCCAGUUAUGACUCGGUGCGCCAGAGCGUGGUCAUUCUCAUGGGCUCUCUGGCUAAACAUCUGGACAAGAGCGACCCCAAAGUUAAACCCAUCGUUGCCAAGCUUAUCACGGCUCUCUCCACUCCAUCACAGCAGGUCCAGGAGUCAGUAGCCAGCUGCCUGCCCCCUCUGGUGCCUGCUAUUAAGGAAGAUGCGGGUGACAUGGUGCGCAAGUUGAUGCAACUUUUGCUGGAGAGUGACAAGUAUGCAGAAAGAAAGGGAGCCGCCUACGGUCUGGCUGGGCUCGUCAAGGGCCUGGGCAUUCUGUCACUCAAGCAGCAGGACAUCAUGACCACACUCACCGACGCCAUCCAGGACAAAAAGAACGCCAGGCGCAGAGAGGGUGCGCUGUUUGCUUUUGAAAUGCUGUGUAACAUGCUGGGGAAGCUGUUUGAGCCAUACGUGGUGCAUGUGCUGCCCCACCUCCUCCUCUGCUUCGGAGACGGAAACCAGUAUGUCAGAGAGGCAGCAGACGACUGUGCUAAAGCUGUGAUGCGCAACCUAAGUGCUCACGGGGUAAAGCUAGUGCUGCCCUCACUUCUGGUGGCACUGGAGGAAGAGUCGUGGAGGACAAAAGCAGGCUCAGUGGAAUUACUCGGUGCUAUGGCAUUUUGUGCCCCUAAGCAGCUUUCAUCGUGCCUGCCAAGUAUCGUGCCCAAGUUGACUGAGGUGCUCACAGACUCGCACAUCAAAGUGCAGAAAGCCGGCCAGCAGGCGCUUCGGCAGAUCGGCUCGGUUAUCCGGAACCCCGAGAUCCUGGCCAUUACCCCCAUUCUGCUGGAUGCGCUGACUGACCCCUCACACAAGACUCAGCACUGUCUGCACACUUUGCUUGAGACCAAAUUUGUGCAUUUCAUUGACGCCCCCUCCCUGGCUCUCAUCAUGCCUAUUGUACAAAGGGCCUUCCAGGACCGCUCCACCGAUACGCGCAAGAUGGCUGCUCAGAUCAUUGGAAACAUGUACUCUCUGACCGACCAGAAGGAUCUGUCCCCAUACCUGCCCAGUGUGAUUCCAGGACUUAAAACAUCCCUACUGGAUCCUGUACCAGAGGUGCGCACAGUGUCGGCGAAGGCUCUGGGUGCCAUGGUGAAAGGUAUGGGUGAGUCCUGCUUUGAUGACCUGCUCCCCUGGCUGAUGGAGACUCUGGCCUCUGAGCAGAGUUCAGUGGAUCGUUCAGGAGCUGCACAGGGUCUUGCGGAGGUGAUGGCCGGUCUCGGUGUUGAGAAGCUGGACAAGUUGAUGCCUGAUGUUGUCCAGACUGCCAGCAAAGUGGACAUCGCUUCUCAUGUGCGCGACGGCUACAUCAUGAUGUUCAUCUACCUGCCGGUCACUUUCGGGGACAAGUUUACUCCAUACGUCGGUCCGAUUAUUCCCUGUAUCCUCAAGGCUUUGGCUGAUGAGAACGAGUAUGUGAGAGACACGGCCCUGAGGGCAGGACAGCGGAUCAUCAGCAUGUACGCGGAGACGGCCAUUGCUCUUUUGCUGCCUGAGCUGGAACAAGGCCUGUUUGAUGAUCUCUGGAGGAUCAGGUUCAGCUCUGUGCAGUUGCUAGGAGACCUGCUGUUCCACAUCUCAGGAGUUUCAGGGAAGAUGACGACCGAGACUGCAUCCGAGGAUGACAACUUCGGCACAGCACAGUCCAACAAGGCCAUUAUCGGCGCUCUGGGUGCGGAGCGGAGGAACCGUGUGCUCUCCGGUCUAUACAUGGGCCGCUCGGACACACAGCUGGUUGUGAGACAAGCCUCGCUGCACGUCUGGAAGAUUGUAGUGACCAACACACCUCGUACACUCCGAGAAAUCCUCCCCACACUCUUUUCUUUACUGCUGGGCUUCCUGGCCUCUACCUGCCCGGACAAGAGAACGAUUGCAGCUCGUACUCUCGGGGAUCUGGUGAGAAAACUCGGAGAGAAAAUCCUUCCAGAAAUCAUCCCCAUCCUGGAGGAGAGCCUGCGCUCCGAGAAAAGCGAUGAAAGGCAGGGCGUGUGCAUCGGCCUUAGUGAGAUCAUGAAGUCUACCAGCAAAGAUGCAGUGCUGGUGUUUUCCGAAUCUCUGGUGCCUACUGUGCGUAAGGCCCUGUGUGACCCACUGGAGGAGGUGCGUGAGGCGGCAGCUAAAACGUUUGAGCAGCUCCAUGCCACCAUUGGCCACCAAGCGCUGGAUGACAUUCUACCUGCACUUCUUAAACAACUGGAGGAUGAGGAGACCGCUGAGUUUGCUCUGGAUGGACUGAAGCAGGUUAUGGCUGUGAAGAGUCGAUCGGUGCUGCCCUACCUGGUGCCCAAGCUGACCAGCCCACCAGUAAACACCCGAGUUCUGGCGUUCUUGUCUGCGGUGACCGGCGAUGCUCUGACGCGUCACCUGGGUGUGAUUCUGCCUGCUCUGCUUUCGUCCCUCAAAGAAAAGCUGGGAACUGAUGAGGGCCCCCAGGAGCUUAGCAGCUGUCAGACUGUAAUUUUAUCUGUGGAGGAUGAGGUGGGUCAGAGGAUAAUCAUCGAGGACCUGCUGGAGGCCACUCGUGGCGCCGACGCCGGACUCAGAGAGGCAUCAGUGACUAUUCUAAAUGCUUACUUUGCCCGAACACGCCUCGACUACAGUGCUCACAUGCGCACGCUGCUCUCCGGCCUCAUUCGCCUACUCAACGACUCCAGUCCUGAGGUGCUGAUUCAGAGCUGGGACACAAUCAACUCCAUGACCAAGAAACUAGAUGCUGGAAGUCAGCUGGCUUUGAUCGACGACCUGCACAGAGAUAUCCGCUCAGUAGCAACUGAUGUCAAGGGUGAUCAUCUGCCUGGAUUCUGUCUGCCCAAAAAGGGAGUGACUUGUAUCCUGCCAGUUCUGAGAGAGGGCGUGCUUACUGGAAGUCCAGAACAGAAGGAGGAAGCGGCACGUGCGCUGGGAGCCGUCAUCAAGCUGACCUCUGCCGAAGCACUUCGGCCGUCUGUGAUCAACAUCACAGGGCCGCUCAUCCGUAUCCUGGGAGACCGCUUUGCCUGGACAGUGAAGACUGCGCUGCUUGAAACCCUGACCCUCCUGCUUCAAAAGGUGGGCAUUGCUCUAAAGCCGUUCCUGCCGCAGCUCCAGACCACAUUUCUGAAGGCCCUACAGGACCCAAGCAGGGCUGUGAGACUCAGGGCUGCUGAAGCUCUGGGCCAACUGGUCUCCAUUCACGCUAAAGUGGACCCGCUCUUCACUGAACAGCUCUCAGCCAUCCGCAACGCCGAGGAAUCGGGCGUCAGGGAGACCAUGUUGCAGGCCCUGAGGUUUGUCAUUCAAGGUGCUGGAGCAAAGGUUGACCCCGCCAUCAGAAAGAACAUCACUACCACACUGCUAGGCAUGCUGGGACAUGAUGAGGAUGCCACCCGGAUGGCCUCUGCUGGAUGUGUAGGAAUCUUGUGUGCUUUUCUGUCUGAAGAGGAGCUGAAGUCGGUGCUGCAGCAGCAUGUCCUGGCGGACAUGUCCGGAGUGGACUGGAUGGUGCGUCACGGUCGCAGCAUGGCUCUGGCUCUAGCAGUGAAGUCGGCCCCUGAACAGCUGUGUGGUCCGGAGUACAGCUCCUCUGUUCUGGAGGCCAUCUUAUCCAGCGCUACUGCAGACAGAAUUCCUAUAGCCUGUAGUGGAAUCAGGGCGAUGGGUUACUUGAUGAGACACCAGCUCAGAACAGCUGGAGGAGAUGCUGUUCCACCUCGUGUCAUCACUCAGUUUAUAAAGUGUCUGCAGAAUCAGGCGAGUGAUAUUCGUCUGGUGGCCGAGCGAGUGUUGUGGUGGGUGUUCAAGAAGGCCGACACCCCGGCGAUGGAGCCCAGCCUGGUUAAACCGCUUAUUAAAGCUCUGCUGGACAACACCAAAGACAAAAACACGAGUGUCAGAGCACAGAGUGAACACACGAUCGUCAACCUGCUCCGACUGCGCCAGGGAGAAGGCGUCAUGCAGAGUGUCAGUGCCAUUCUGGACUCAGCCAGUAACGAGCUGCUGUCUGAGUGUUUCCGACGUUCACUGAAGAAGAUCUCAGGCCAGUCUGACUCCAACGAAGAAAUUGAUGACACCAUUCUCACGUGAUCCGCUCAAUCAACAUUAAGAAGCAAAGACACCUUCAAAUGUUCCCCCUGUUCUAGCCUGGAAUGGCUGAAUUAUUUAUAAAUCGAGGAAACAGCCCAGAAAAUCACUGCUAUGCCCAGAAAACCCUUUUUUUUUUUUUUUUUAAUUUUCCAAUUAUUUUCCUGAUAUCUGAUACUGAUUCCAUUUGUUUAAUUUCAUUUGAUCGUUUCCUCGGUAUUGUGAUCUCCUUUCCUCAGUGAGCGUAUUGGUUGAGAAUGGAACAACCUAAAAGAUAAGACACUGAUUUAAAAAAAAAUCAGCUCUGUAUUCUUUGGUAUUGUCUGUAUGGAAAAAAAUAAAGGAAAACUUGCUUUAAUAAAUUGCUUG